AUUCAUUCUAAAUUGAUAUUAUUGUUCUUGCACAUUGAAACAUUUGAGAAUUUCAGUCUUUUGCAGAUCAUACGUUUAUUGAUUAGAUUCCAUGAAACACUCAUAAUUUUUUGCAUAUGCAGUCUCCCACCAAUAGUAUCUCAGUGUUCUUUUACUGCACAAUCUUAGUGGUUUGCUUGAGUCAUCAAAGUGAUGCAAGAGACACCAUCACCACGAGCAAUCCAUUAAGAGAUGACGCGCGUGAAAGUCUCGUCUCAGCUAAUGGAAGAUUUGAACUUGGUUUCUUUACUCCUGGAGGAAACAACAGAUAUGUAGGAAUAUGGUAUCACAAUCUGCCACCAAGAGUUGUGUGGGUUGCAAAUAGAGAUAACCCAGUGCUGGAUUCUUCGGGAUCGUUUGCCAUUGCAAAAGAUGGCAACCUCAAGGUACUUUCGAAUGGAAAUCCUUGCGCCAUAACAAAACUUGAAAAUGCUGGUGUUAACAGGACUGUGAAGCUAUCGAAUGAUGGAAACUUGAUAUUUUUUGAUGGUCCAUCUCCAUCAGAGAUGAAAUUAUGGCAAAGUUUCGACCAUCCAACGGAUACAUUUCUUCCCGGUAUGAAAAUGGAUGACCACAUGGUUUUGACUUCCUGGUCAAACUCAACUGACCCUGCAACAGGAAAUUACACAUUUCAGAAAGAUCAAGAAUUGUACAAGAUACAAAAUGGAUCGAACCCUUACUGGAGAAGUCGUGAGUUAGGUUUAUCAUCAAUGAUUCCGCAUAAAAAGGAACUUGAAGUAGCCUUCUUGUUGUCUGGAUUUGAUGAAAGUACAUAUCAAUCUUCUGUUCCUCCAAACGAAACAAAAUCAUUUAUUAAUUUUACAAGGCUUCAUGAUUACACUCUCUCUGGGAUUUUCAUGAAUUCCACCGGUAAAAUACAAUAUUAUAGAUUUUCCAAAGGGGGUAAGACUGGUAAGUGGACCUUUCCAUGGUCUGAGCCCCAUGAUGCCUGCAGCGUCUACAAUGCUUGCGGAAACUUCGGCAUCUGUGAUAGUAUCAAUGAUCCAAGAUGCCAGUGUUUGCCUGGUUUUCAAGCUGUUUCCAUGGAGGAUUGGAGUUAUGGGGAUUACUCUGGAGGUUGCCAAAGGAGGAAUCCAAUUAGAUGCGACAACGCAGCGGACAAAAUGAAGCAAUCCCAGUUCUUGAAGUUUUCAUUGACCAAUUUCUGGGGUUCAUUCCAGAAAUUUUAUAAGGCUCAAACAGAGGAAGAAUGCGAAAAGGAGUGCCAGAACAACUGCAAAUGCAAUGCCUAUUACACGUUAGAAGCUAAUGCCACUUUGAGAGAAGGAACUGAUGUUGGUCCUAUGUGUUAUAUUGGGACGGAAGAACUUGAAGAUCUCCAGUUAAAGCAUGGUGGGGGUGGCUUCCAGCUCAGUAUCCGCAUAGCUGUUUCAGAUAAGGGGAGUCGGGGGCGGAGCCAGGAUACUUCAGGCCCAGACCAGCCCCCCUAUCCAUCCGCCUAUGCAGGGAGAUCACUUGCCAAAUGGCUAAAAGAUGUUAUUAUUAUCAUAGCGGUAUUUGCUGCAGCUCUACUGGUUUGUUGCUUUAGCUAUAACUUAUAUAGAAGAAAAAGGAUGACUAAAAGUGGAGGAAGUGGCGAAAACAGCAGAGAGAAUCCAGUACUUUGGCCGUAUGAGAGUAGUGACAGACAAGUAUCAGAUCUGAUGGAUGAAGAAAACAAGAGUGGUGUUGGCGUUCCUUUCUGUAGUUGGGAAAGUAUAUUAGCCGCUACUGAGAACUUCUCAGACGUACAUAAACUUGGAAGAGGGGGAUUUGGACCUGUUUACAAGGGAAUGUUUCCUGGAGGACAAGAAAUUGCUGUGAAAAGGUUAUCAACCUAUUCUCUCCAAGGAAUAAAUGAAUUCCGCAACGAAGUUAUAUUGAUCGCGAAGCUUCAACAUCGAAACCUUGUACGCCUUUUGGGCUACUGCAUAAAGGAGAAUGAGAAGAUCUUACUCUAUGAAUAUAUGCCCAAUAAAAGUUUAGAUGCCUUUAUAUUUGAUAAAAAACUCUGCAUGCUGCUAUACUGGAAGAAGCGGUUUGACAUCAUCUUGGGGAUAGCAAGAGGGGUUCUUUAUCUUCACCAAGAUUCAAGGUUGAGGAUCAUUCAUAGAGAUUUGAAAACGAGUAACAUUCUGUUAGAUGAAGAGAUGAAUCCAAAGAUAUCAGACUUUGGCUUGGCAAGAAUAGUUGAGGGUAAAGGAACUGAAGCAAGCACCAACAAAGUCAUGGGUACCUAUGGUUAUAUGUCUCCGGAGUAUGCAUUAGAUGGAUUAUUCUCGAUAAAAUCAGACGUAUUUAGUUUUGGAGUUGUUGUACUUGAGAUAAUCAGUGGAAAAAGAAACACGGGAUUUUAUGGGUCUACAGAAGCUCUGAAUCUCUUAGGUUACGCAUGGGGACUGUGGAGUGAAAACAGGGCAUUGGAUUUAAUGGAUCCAAUAUUGCUUGAAUCUUGUGAAAAAUCUGAAGUUAUGAAGUGCAUAAAUGUUGGGCUGUUGUGUGUGCAAGAAGACCCCGGUGAUCGGCCCACCAUGUCGAAUGUAGUUUUCAUGCUUGAUGGCGAAGCAACAGCUCUUCCAGUUCCUAAUCAACCAGCUUUCGUAACGAGAAAACCCGUUUUAAGCACUUCUUCAUCCUCUACUAAACCAUGUUCAAUUUCCAACGAGUUAACAAUGUCUAUUGCAGAAGGGCGAUGAGGAAUUUGCUUAUUCCCUACCACUAAUGUUAUCAUUUUUCUGUUCUGCCAGAAUCUGUAUCUAAGUUGCUUUAGUAGCACUAGUGUAAUUGUUUUCACAUAUAAUCUAUGUAAAUGCUUGACCUUCCAUACCACAGAGAAACUAGACUCUGUCAAGUAAAGAUAAUUGUGAAGUUCGUCUAAAUUUAAGUGUGAUAGUUACGCUUGACCUCAAUGUAUUGGGAUACUCGUAAUUGAUUAAUGCAUUUCACUUUGAAGUA